AUGGCUGGGGGCAGCUCUGGCGGCGGGGCGCGCGGCGGAGGUGGCAGCGGCAAGUCGGGGACGUCAGGGGGGCCUGGCGGCGGGCCCCGCAGCGGCGAGCCUGGGGCCACGGGCAAGGCAGCUGCCAAGAGCCCCUGGUACUGCAAGUCGCGCAGUACGCCCGACGCCAGCAGGGGCUUCAGGAAGCUCAACUUCGGAGACCGCAUGCAGUGCAAGUGGUGCAACAUGCCGAAGAGCUCCCACUUCGGGGGGAAGCCGGCGCAGGCGGCGCCCCCGCGGAGCAACGCCGAGGUCAAGCUCGCCCAGGCGCUGGACGACCUCAAGAAGCUUAAGGCGGCGGCGGCCCAGCCUGAUGCGGGAGGAAGCUCUGCGCCUGGAGGCGGCGCGCCCACCUGGCGAGAAGACGCAGCGGCGGGGGGCGAGAAGCGCCAGCGCCUGGAGCAGCUGGACAAGCAGCUGGGCGAGAUUCGGCGCUGGGCUGACAUGGAGGACGACGGGGGCGACUUCGUGGAGGCCGCCCGCAGCGGGAAGGCCAAGCUCGAGGCGGAGCGAGAUCAGCUGCGCCAGGAAGUCUUCCAGGCCAAGCCCAAGGACGUGCAGCUCAAGAGCCUCGCGAACCAUAUCAAGGAGCUGGAGAAGCAGCAGGAGAAGGGCCGUGGGGAGAUGGUGGCAGUGGCAGCUCAGCAGAGGGAGCUUGACGACAAGGCCGAAGCGCUGCGCCUGGCGGACGCCGAGAGGGGGGCGAAGUUGGCCGAGCUCAGGGCGGAGCAGGCUCGCACGCUGGGCAAGUUGGCUCAGCCUCCUGCUGAGCUGCGCAGUGGCAUGGAGGGGGAGAUCGAGGUCGAGGGCCUCGAGGUAUCCGCCAACUUCCUGGGAAAGAUGCUGGGCUCGAUCGGGGUCGAAGGGGCUCUGCAUGCGUCGCUGCUGGAGCCGGCGACCAAGCGUGCCCCGAUCCCCGGGGAAGGAGACCCUGCAGGCGGAGAAGCCAUGGGCGAUGAGGAGCUGGACGUUGACACGCAGCUCAACUUCCUCACGAAGCCUCCCCCCCGCACGGACUUCACCUUCGGCGACUCGCUGGAGGGGGGCGACCAGGUCUUCGUGGAGCUCGGCCGCCCCGUCUGCCAUGAGGGCUGCAGGGGAGGCUGCUGCCUGGCCACCGCCAACGUGCCGUCGCGGGGUCCCCUGAGCGAGUACCUCCUUCAGGCGGAUGGACAGACGACCCUGGCGCUGGCCGUGCAGGAGCACCACUGUGCGGCAAGCGCCCUGGCGACGCAGCAGCGGGCGGCCGAGGAUGCUGGCUGGCAGGGGGUCUGGAGCGCAGCCACGCCGCCCCCGACAUCGAAAACGGGCACGAGCGGCGGGGUCGCGGUGCUGGCCCCCACCAGCAUCCAAUUGACGGGCCUCCCUGGGCGCGACUCGCACGCGCUGGUGCCUGGGCGGCUGGCCGCUGGGCAUGCACGAGCAGGGCCCCAAGAAGGAGUGAUGGUGCUGAGCGUGUACCUGCACGUCGGGGAGGGGCUCUCGGCGGACAACCUGGGCAUCAUAUGGCAGCUGGCCCAGUACCUCGGCGCGUUGGAGGCGGAGGGCUACCACUGGGUGGUCAUGGGAGACUGGAACAUGGAGGCGGGUGUCCUGGACUUCGGGUGGAUCCGCAAGGUGCGAGCGCAUAUUCGGGCACCCGGCGCCCCCACCUGCAGGCAGGGCAGCGGCUCUAAGAUCGACUACUUCGUCUUGUCCAAGAGCCUGGCUGGCUUUGUGGCGGCGCCGCCGCGGCUUGACAGCAGGGGUGCCAGCACGUGGUCCCGCUGGCCCGUCCACCUGCCCCUGCGGGCACUGAGAGCGGAGUCUCGGCAGCAGGUGCCGGAUGAGCCGAGAGCAGUUCCCAGGGAGCCCGCCAAGCCUGGCUGCGCCCGUGGCCCCUGGCGGUGGACGGAGGUGAUGCGAUGCGUCCAGGCCGCGCAGGACGAACAAGGCCUGCAGAUCAUCUGGGACCUGUUGCUGGAGGGGAUCGAGACGGAGAUCCUCGACAGGCGGGGCCUGGUGGGACCCGCGCGCCGCGCCUUCGCUGGGCGCGGCGCGCGGAGGGAGGCUGCAGGCCUGAGGUUGGAGAUGGCGCAGUGGGGGCCAACCAAGAGGCGGAAGCUGCGGGGGCCAGAGGCGCACGCCUGGACGGCGCUGGCUGGGUGGGCGUCCGAGCUCCUCAGCAAACGAGACCGCCUGGGCAAGCUGCUGGCAGCACUGGGCAGCCACAUGCAGGAGGAAGGCAGAAAGGCGGCCGCGGCGAGGGGCAAGUGCGUGAAGUCCAUCGCUGCCGCCCUGGCGCACCUCAAGAUGUCCCUGGCGGACAUCGAGGCAAUGGAGAAGCAGAGGAGGCUGGUCCAGGCCGACGAGGCACGCUGGAAGGAGUGGGUGGACGAGGCCUUCCUGGGCGGCGCGGGAGCGGCGCAUGCGACCUCCAAGGCACCUGCGCUCCAGGAGAUGCUGCCCGCACUGCGGAAGGAAGGCUCAGCGGCACUGGUGGACAGGGAGAUGAAGCCGUGGAUCGACAUCUGGAACUACCACGGCCUCACCAGCAUGGAACUCCCCCCUGAUGCGCAUACAUGGGACAAGUUGCCGCCGCUGAAGACGCACGACGUAAGGGAUGUGAUGCGCUCGUUCCCAUGGCGCACAGGGGUGGGCCAGUCGGGCAUUCCGCCGAGGGCGCUGGAGGAUCUCUCCGACGAGGCCUUGCACGCCAUGGUUGCGGUCUACCACAAGUGCGAGGAGCUCCUCGCGUGGCCGAGUGGCCGCCUCAUCAAUACCAUGGUGAGGCUGCCCAAGCCUGACGGGGGCUGCAGGCUGAUCGGCCUCAUGCCGACUUUGGUGCGAAUGUGGAGUCGUGCAGGAAGGCCGGUCACCAGGGACUGGGGGCUCGCCCAUCCUUCGGCCCUGGUUUGGGGCACGGGCCCUGGACGCUCGAGCUCCGACUCCGCGUACGAGCUGAACCUGGCCAAGGAACAGGCUCGCCUGAGCGGCUUGGACUCAGCCCAGGUGGCCCUCGACCUCUGGAAGGCCUACGAGCUGGUGGCGCCAGAGGCGCAGAUGGUGGAGGCACCUGCGCUGAGGUUCCCCAUGAGGCUGGUGUGGAUGCUGCUGAGCACCUAUCGGCAGCCAAGAACGCUGGCGGCGUUCAACACCACGUCGGACCUAUUCGUGGCCUGGCAAGGGAAUAUCGCAGGGUGCGGACGUGCCAACUCGCUGCUGAUGGUACUCGCGCUCCGCGCGCUGCAGAGAGCGCACGCCAUUGCGCCGUCCGUGACACGGCGUGGCCUGGUGGACGCCGCAACCCUGGACUGGAGUGGGCCACGGGGCGUGUCCGACAACAGCCUGUCCGAGGCGCUCAAGAGCUUCUCGUCGAGCAUGGUGGAGCUCAAGCUAGUCAUGCAGCCGCAGAAGUCGGGGCGCCUGGCCUCCUCCAGACUGAGGGCGCGGCUGAUGGCGCCCUCCAUGCGGCGCGCGGGCCUCGCGGAGAAGUUCUGGGCGCGCAACCUAGGGCACGAGCUCCACGGGCCCUCGCGGCCAGGCGCAGCCGAGUGGCCAUGCAGGCGGGCAGCUGGAAGGCGCGCAGCGGCGCUGGUAACCACGGGCCUGUCCCCGCUGGCUGGCCAUGGCGCGGGCGUGGCAGGCCUGGCGGAUCGGCCGCUGGCACAGCUGAGGACGGUGGCGGCGGCCACGGCGGGUGUCAAGGCGGGCUGUGGCACCGCCGCAGUCAUGCUGCUGCAGCGGCGUGUUCACUACGACCCGAUCUACGCAGCCACCAUCCCGCUGGUGACGCGCCUGGCCAGCCGCAUCUGGGAGGACCGAGGAUCCCUGGCCAGCCUGAGCGCCAGCUGGGGUAAACUGUCGGAGGCGGCGAGGGCGGGCGCUCUGUCCUGGGCGUCGGUGCAAGGACCGCUCGGGGCCACGUGGCUUGCGCUCGGCCGCAUCGGCUGGUCGACGACAGCGGCGCGGGCGCUGCAGACCGACCUGGGCGAGACGCUGUCCAUGCUGAGGGUGGCCCCGCGGGACAUCAAGGAUGCGCUGGUGGAGGGCAUCCAGCGCUGGCAGCGCAGGCGGCUGGUAGCCCACCUGCCCGAGGGCCAGGGCGAGACCCUCUGGCCGAGGGCAGUCCGCGCUGUGGCGUGCAAGGCGACGCCCGCGGCGGAGCUGGGGGCCAUCCAAGCGGUCUGGGCAGGAGGGCACUUCACCAACGCCUGGAGAUGCGCCAGAGGAUACGCCGACUCCGACAUGUGCCAAGCCUGCGGAGGAGCCAAGGACACGCUCAUGCACAGGCGGUGCGCGCACCCUGUCCUCAUGGCACCGCAGGGCGAAGAGUUGGAGCAGGAGGAGCCGUUCCGCAAGCCGAUCGCGGGGAUGCGCCGCCAGCUAGAGGAGGCCGAGCAGAAGUGGACCAUCGGGGACAGGGAGCUGCCGCUGUCGCACGGCCUGCCGCUGCUGCCUGCGACGCCGCCGCCUGCGCCGUCGGACAACGUGGUCCUGGAGUGGGGCGCCGCGCAGGAGGGCUGGCCGUCGGUGGUGUACACGGACGCGUGCCUAGUGCCCCUGCUGCAGGCGGGCUCCGUCCAAGUCAUCGUCAGCGACCUGCAGGCCCUGGUCACGGAGGGCAACGACUGGCACGAGUGCCAGGUCAUCUGCUCGUGCGGCGUGCAAUGCGCGCACUGCGGGAGGGAGGCCUACGCGGCGAAGGGGCGGGCGCUGCCGGACUGCAGGCCCUGCCAUCCUACGGAGCUGGGCAGGAUGCGGGCCCGCUGCAACCAGGGGCGGCCACUGGCGAGUUCAGCAGCUGUCAAUGCGAGCCUACAGGCGGCUGAGCGGCUGGAGGAGGAGGAACUCCUGCCUGCGAGCGGGGCGCACACCACGGCAGAGGACCAGAAGCGGGCGUUGCAGCGGAAGGUCGACUACCUGCUGGAGGCGGCCAAGGGUGCCCCUGCUGCGAGGCCUGCCGGCACGGAGGCAUCUGGACCGCCAUCGGCGCGGUGGUCGCAGCGACCCGCUCCUCGACCAUACCGAGGCUGCGAGCAGGGCGGCGCCGCGGGACGCGUGGGCUUGGCGAGGCCGCAGGAAGGCAACGACCUCUUCGCCAUCGAAGCGUGGGGCCGCGCUGGCCCGCUGGAGGCCGCCUUGGGCAUGCUGGCCAGCUCUUGGAUCGUCGACCUGAUGGGCCAGAGCCUGGCCUACGCGUCCUGGAUGAAGGAGUGUGUAGAGUACGUGUGCAGGCUGCUGGACGAGGAGGUCUAUCGCGGUUUCUUCGCGCACAACAGCGACGAGAUGCGCGGCGCGGAGAGGCUGAGGCGGGCCGAGGAGUUCUGUGAGAGAGGCCGGCGCGAUGGCGGGCCUUUCAGGGAGGCCCACGUCGACGAGGCGCUCCAGCUGGAGGGCGAGGCCAGGCAAGCCAAGCUCCAGCGGCUGAGGGGCUACCACGCUGCGGCGCGCGCCUUCCUGUGCGAUCGUGGGAGCGCGCGGCGCGCUGGGGGCAGACGUGGGCCCCUCUACUUCACCUUCUUCGAGCCCGCGGGCAGAGCAUAUGGGGAUGGCGGCUGGCGGCAGAGUGGCGCGGCCCAGCGGCGAGGACGCUCGAGGUCUCGGACGAGCGGCCGUGCCAGCCAGUCGCAGGGCCCGGCGGGGGGCCGAGCCGAGCCGCAGAGGCCUGCGCUGCCGCGGCCAAGAAGCGACGCGGAGGGCCCACAGCGGCCAGUGGACCCGCGCGCCGCCCACGCCCAGCGGCGCAGGCGCAGUGCGAGGCGGUCGGCCAGCAGGCCCCGCUCUCCGCGCGCGCGGGGCCAGCCCGCGGGCCACGCCGAGGACGGGCGCAACGGCAGCCCCGACCCCGACGCGGCGAUCGGCCUAGAGGUGCCUCGCAGCAUGCUGAGGGCCUUCGCGGGCUGCUGGGCGUUCGACCUGCGCGACUCGGAGGCCGCGGGGGGCUCCUGGAUGGCCUGGGCGGCGCAGUGCGCCCUCGCCUGGCUGGCCAGGCCCGACAAUGAGGACACGAGGGCGGCGGCCGCGAGGCGUGCAGGCUCCAUAGGCUUGCGAGCGCUGGCCCAGGCGAUGGCCAGGAAAGCGUGGCACUUGAAAGCGGAAGUGCGGCGCAUCACAGUGGGGCACCUGAUGAGCCUGGAGACCCUAGAGGACUGGCUGCACGUGGCUGCCCUGCAGUGGGCCACACUGAACGACGUCUGCUGCACCAUGGAGGGCGUCAUCGGCGAGGCGGGGGCCAACCUGCCCGCGCUGCCUGGCUUCGCUGGCGCCCUGCCUGGCCUGGGCCGCGCUGGCUCCAACGAGCAGCCGCCCCGCCGAGCCGGCCUGCCGCGGCCCCUGGGCCUUCGCGGCCGAGGGAUUGAAGCACUGCGGCGGCCGUGGCCAGGCACUUGGUUCAACCAGCAGCUGCCGAUGGCGCGCGCGACGCAGGGCGGGCUAAGGGCCCUGGGCAGCGACAGCGACGGAGAGGACGACUGGCCGCACCCAGAGGUGCUGCUCAGGGACUGCGUGGCGAGGCCGCUGCCGAGGGUGGCGGCGGCCCUGCGCUGGGGCACGGAGGAGGCGAAGCUGCGGCUGCCCGCGGGGCAGGGGGUGCAGCUCGCAGAGGUGCACUUGGGGCACGGCAUGCGCACGGCGGGCCAGUACGCCUUCUGCUGCAAGUGCGGGGUCUUCGCGCAGCUGAAGGGCGUGGAUCGGGCCAAGGGCCUGAAGGCGGAGUGCGGCGGCCGCCUGCCGCUCGGGCCGCAGGCCACGGCUGGCGAGAAAAAGAAGAGGCUCUACCUGGGCCGCUUGCUGAGCGGGAAGGAUCCGUGCACGGGGCGGCCGCUCGGGUGA